AUGCGUCGCGGGCCGUCGACACUGGUGCCGCCUUCUCGUGAGCCUGCGGGGGCUGGAUUCAACGUGUUCGCUUGUGGUGACCCCGUCAUCGUGACGGUGGCCCUUGCCAUGGCGGCGCUGGUAGACAGAAUCGACCGAGUACAAGCGUCGAGCGCGACCAACGCAGUUGGACCUGCUGAGGAUGCGCUACAACUGGCUGCUGACAUGGUGCGCACUGCAACUCAAGGGGCGCCGCCGGACAGCAUCGCACCAGCCGCAGCAACGAUCGUGCGGUGUCUGCCGGAGGGACAUCCAGUUGCGAGAGAGAUUGUGUCCAUCGCCUCGGCCAACGCAAGUGCGGAGUUCAAGCGUUUCGUGGAAGCGCGGUUGCGCGCGGCCAAGCGUCGCGCUGCGGACAGGGCGGCUGAGGAUGUGUUCAAUGACAGGCGCACGUCAGUUGCGGGUCGCGUCCUCGCCGAUCAAGCAGCCACCCCCAUUCCCGAGCGUGUUUGGGCUAUGCGGAACGUCGCAUCGACGCUGGCCAGCGGCGGACAGCUGGGGCAAGCUCGGAAGAUGAUGGAAGAAGCUGUGGAACUGAUGGAGCAGUAUCUGGGAUCGGAUGACCAUCCCGGUCUGCUCAUGGACUUGAGCUCGCUUGCGUCAGUGUACGAUCGCGGGUCGCUGCUAGAGUGGCAGGAAUUGGCCCGCAGAACGCGGAGGCGCAUCGUCCACAUUGUGGUGUUGGUUGCGAACACGUGGGCGGAGGCGGGGCGUCGUGGAGAAGCUGCAGACCUCCUGGAAGGCCUCGUGCGAGAGUACGAGUCUCUUUUCACCACGGAGGACGUGUCGCUGAUCGCAGCUCGGCAGCGCCUACAGACGCUGUCUCAGGAGGAUCCGACCAGGAAGGCAGGCAAGCCUCGUAUGGGAGUGGUAAAGCAGCUCGCCAAAGAGUUCGAACAGGAGAUACGAGUGCGACUAGAGGCGAAGCUGCAGAGACGAAGCACGGACGACGAGGAAUUCGGAAACACGGGCUGA